ACGGUUGAGUAAUAUAUAUUUUGCUGUUUCAGCUCUUCUGUUUUUGUUCAUAAAUAAUGGAAUUGUGAAAUAAAACAGGCAAUAUGUCGUUAAUACACUGGAAAAAAGUGGAAAAUGAGGCAGGGUAUCCGUGUUAUAUCGAUGAGGUGUCUAGUAAACAACAAUAUGAUCAUCCUGAGUUUCAGAAGAUUAUGGAAUCUCUUGAAGAAUAUGACGGGAUCAAAUAUAACGCUUAUCGUGUUGCAUUCAAGAUAUACGAUUUUCAAAAACACCUGAGAGUUCCUCCUCUCCGGAUCAGCUCAGGAGUAUUUGCUAGGCACCAGCUCAGCCUAUCAGAAAGCAGUCUGUCUCUAGACACAGUGGAACUGGAGUCUGUCCUAGCAGACAUUUACUUUGCAGCAGAAAAAGAAGGUUUAUUCACAGGAGACAUUGAUUUAGCCGUAGACUUGCUGAUCAACCUGUUGCUAAAUAUUUAUGAUAGUGAAAGAAAAGAACCAGUACGAGUUUUAGCAGCAAAGACUUUACUUAUAAUUUUGAGUGAAGAAUCAGCGUCUGACAAAUGGGGAGCUCUGGCCAACUGUUGUAUGGACCAUAAUGGUUGUGUGUCACCCAAGAGACUAGCGGCCCUGUUGGCACAUGUGACCGCAUUGUCUGCAUACCUUGGAGUGAUGUGUGACCAUGCUCAAGCUGAUGUGGAGGCUUGUUUUGACAAGAGUGCGGGCAUGCUCGGCGUGAGUGCCCGCGCCGUGUCGGAGUGGGGCGUGCAGCGCUGCAGCAGCGCGCGCUGGCUGCCCGUGCUGCAGCGCCUCGUGGCCAGCAGGAACAGCGCUAACGUCUCCGCUACGUGCGCUCAUUGCUCUCAACCUCUUAUACAGGUGCUCAAAUUCAAAUGCAGUAAAUGCAGUGACAUCUACUUCUGUGAGAAGUGCUAUUUGUAUGACAAGGACCUGACCACCGUCAGUGGACAUAAGAAGACGCAUCUUGUACAUGAGAUCAUGGACGGACAGACAAAAACAUCAGAAUGUAUAAACUUCAUAAAGGGUAUGAAGAGACUAUUCUUCUGUACUAAAACUAAGAAGAAAGGCCCUAAGAAGGGUUCUAAGAAGAAUGUAGACAAUGUGGACAGUGGUACAGUCAGAAGAAGGAAGGAUGGCAGGCCUGUGAUCUUCACGUCUACAGUGGGUAAAGCUUCAGGCAAUAAUGCAAGUAACCCCACUGUUGUGUUAAAUGAUAUUAUUACGCAGCUUGAAACGCAACACAAAUCCCUCCAAGAGCUGUCGAGCAGGCUUGACAGGUUGUAUGGGAGUGAGGCUGAUGCCAAGAACAAUGACAAUGAUGAGUUGCGGACCAAAGUGGAGGCGCACUGGGCUCACAUGUCCACACAGAUUAGCAGACUGAAGGCUUUGAAGGAGAACCUAUCAUCAAGUCAAACGAUAAUAGUAUCAGAAAAUGCUCCGAAAACCGACAAAAUCGAACGACCGCAAGCAUUUGAUCUAUUCAGUCCAAUACCAGUGAUUGAAAACGAAAAGCAGUCCAAAGUCGCAGACAUUAAAAGCCAGCCGCGGGUACUGAGUCUGGAUUCUGGAAACUUCUCUGUGGUUUCGAAGCCAGAGAGUCAGAAUUUGCUGACUAUGUCUGGAGAUGCUCUGAAGCCUGUAGUCGUGCAUGCCACCUCUGACAGCAUAUCUACUGUGUCUAUGAAUGAUAUCAGCAAUUGGUAUAAUGAAACUGAAUCACUACCAGAGAAAAGAGUACGUAGCAAGCCUCGCCUAGCGGACACGACGAACCACUCAUUAUCAGCUGCUGAGCAGAAGUUCGCGGCCGACAUACGACAUGUAGAGGACAGUAACGAUAAGAUGAAGGAACUUAAUGCUGACCUAGACACCGUACUCGAUAGACUGCAGCAAAUAUUGACUAAUAAUUUUGCUAUGGAUGACUCAUGCUUUGACAACACUCAACUGCGGGAGACGGCGAAUGAAAUGGAAGGGUUACUCGGUACUUUAAUACGAGGGGUCGAGCAGAGAGCCACAUUGAACGCUACGAAAGGACUAGUAUAAGAUAUACAAAGUUAUCGACAUGCAAUAGAUGCAUGUGUGUAAUUUUGUAUUUAUUGAGAUAUUGGAAAAGUAUGGCGUCAUUUACUCUGCUGAAAGUAAGUGAAAACGUUUCAAGUUAGUAUAAUUAGCAAAUUGAUAAUCUGGUUAUCGGAUACCAUUUUGCUCAAAGGCAGUUUGAAUUGAAAAAAAUAAUGAAAUGAAUUAUACAAUUUUAGGCUUUAAAUACUUUAGCUUAUAUUAUAAUAGAAUUCAAAGAUAUUUUAAAUAGAAAUUAACUUCUUAAUCUCUGAUUAUGAAAUCCACAACGUUCAUACAAAAGUAGUCUAAACAACGGAAAUAAGGUCUAUAAUGGUGUAAGAGCGGUCACAUUACUCACUUUGAGCAGCGGAAGUAGCGCAAGUACACACUGAAUUAGCGCAGUAGCGCAUUAUUUUGCGCAAACUGAGAUUAAAGCAAUUGCACUGAUUUGUUUUGACUUAUUUUUAUGUACCUCUAAUUAUAGUUGUUUCAUAAAUGUAUAAAUCUAUGAACUACUAAUGCCUGUGACAUCAAAUAUUGAAUUUUUAAUUUUCUUGAUACUCAUUGUAGCUCUUAUGUAAAAGAGAUAUGACUUAUUUUGCAAUAGCAAUGAAGACUGGUUGACAUGUUCAUUAUAUUAUUUGAAUUGUAACUGUCAAUUUAUUCACUGACAAUUUAAAAGCUUGCUACUUGAUACCUUAUAAUUAUGUAAACAAUGCAGGCCAUAUACGACUCUAAUAUUGAAGGAAUAAUAAUUAUUAUUGAAAAUUGUGUUCAUAGCGAAAUAAAAUUCGCAAAAGUACAGCUAUGAUUUAAUUGGUUGUGCGCUUAUGUGUAAAAAAGAAUCUCAUCUACGAAUCUCAGUACCUUGAAUUUUUUAUAUCAAGUAUUUAAGUUAUAUCUAUUGAAUGCCUGUUAUGAUCAUAAUAUUAUAACAAUGUAAUGUUUAAAAAGACUUAUGAAACAGUUCCUCUGUCAAGCAAAUGUCAAUCUUAUGACCAUCCAUUUCAUUGAAUCUCAUGUUUAAUUAUGAAGUCUAUUAUAAGGUUAAUUUCGAACAAAUGUUUAGUUACUUUUACCCCCAGUUUACAUGGUAUGUUAAUUAAUUUUAAGAUAAUUCAGCCGUCCUUAAUUUUGGUGCUCAAUUUAAGAACUAUUGUAGAAAUCUCGUAUACAAUAAAAACGCAUAUUAGAAAAGUAACAUGCCAUAUAUUUUAUAAAAAAUUUACAUACAUUUUCGUGUUUAUUAAAUAGAAAAAAUAAUAAUAUUGUCAUA